AUGGAUGUCGCACCAACAUUUGGUCCUCGGGUGAUCUGCGAUGUCUUCGCUGGCACCGUCAACACCAGAGAUAACACUUUGAACAUCUCCACCGUUGCAACUCCUGGUCACAUUCGUUUAAUCGACUGUCAGGUCUUGAAAGACCAGGGCUUCAUCCGUAUCAUCGAGUUCCCGGACUUUCCCACUGUUCCAUACGCCGCAAUGUCCUACCCGUGGCGCGGUGUACCCGUGGACUCCACCUACACCCAGCACACCUUCUCCGUCCAUGGCGCCGAGCAUGCCGAUCCCAUCGGUCUUGACACCCUUCGUCACGCUUGCGCCGCAUCCUUGCAGCACGGAUGUCCCUACCUCUGGCUCGACAGACUAUGCAUCAUCCAAGACAACCACGACGACAAGAACUGGCAUAUUCGGCAAAUGCACCAGGUAUACACUUCUUGUAGCGUCUGCAUCGUGCUGCCAGGAGGGAUCCAACGUCUUGUACGCCUGGAUGAGGAGACACCUUGGAUACAUCGGAGCUGGACGCUGCAGGAGGCUCUCGCUCCGCGACAGGUGGUCGUUCUUGUAGCUUGGAGACUAGGUUCAGGAACAGCGUUAAGCGGCGGAAAGUCGCGGCAGAUCCACGAAGUCAUCGCCGGCGAGUCUGCCACUGCUCCCCUCUCCUUCCUCCUGGAAGCCUGCAUCUCCGGCUCCCUAACCUUUACGCCCGCGGUGGCGCCUCCUGGCCUCGAGAAGCCUUUCCACGUUGAAACGUCCAUAUUCAACAGCCUUCCCUCCAGAAACGUGCUCCACGACAAACCAUUCUGGCGUCCACAGCGGAAGAGUUUGACUACUCACGCCGUCGCGCUUACGAUCGCUAUGGACGACGUUCUUUCCACCGACCUCGACGCCCGGAACUACGCUAUCUGGCAAAGCGCAUUGUUGCGAACAUGCUUUCGUCCCGUGGACACAAUACUCAGCCUCAUGGGGCUGUUUGGCGUCGAUCUGGACCCAGCACAAUUUCACAAGGACGACAGGCACGGGGCCACGAUUGCCCUCGCACAAGCCAUUCUACGGUCCGGCGGCAGCGCGAGUUGGUUAGGUGUCGGCUACCGUAUAGAGCCUGACCGUUGUCUGUCGACAUUCCCUACUUUCCCGCAUCCUGGCGUCAGCGGGGUCGCGUAUGUCCAGACGAGAGGCCGGGUGCAGGGGGUCGGCGACCUGCUCGAUCCAGUGUACCCCAUCGGGGCAGCCCUCGUCCCGCUACCCCGCGGCGACAUGGACGACACGGGCUACCUGACCUUCUCGGCCAAGGCGCUCCGAGUGCGCCUGACCAGGUCGGCCUCGAGGGGGCCCCGACGGACCCUGAGGGCUCUCGACGGCUCUGAAUGGGAGGUCCAUGACGAGUCGAACCCUGUCACGUCUCAGGAUGCCCGCUGCGACGACCUCGGCACGGGCCCCAGUCGCCUCGCGUACGCGGCGCUCCUCGGAUGGUUCAGUCGAUACAGCCCUGGGAUGAGCACUGCGCACGACAGGGAGAACGUGCGGGUGAUGCUCCUGGAGGAGCACGCCGUGGGGAUGUUUCAUCUCCGUUCGUUCUUUGCGCUGAACCAGAGCGAGAAGGCGUACGUCCUCGGCUGGCCCGAGCGCGACUUCCGCGUGGGUGGGCCUGACGUCCCGGAUGAGGGUCCCAGUGUUGCUUCUGGGACGGGAUCGGCGGAGGGAGGUGACGAGACCUUCAUCAGCUAGGAGCAGGGCUAGCCUCAUGACCCAUGGACGAGCCUUGCUACGAGCAGUUAAGACCCUGGUCACGACUUAUCACGACUGUGUUAUGCUCAGGCUGUCUCACGUUUUCUACGACAUCACGCCAGAUAGUAAC